AUGAAUUUCGAUGAUGCUUCUUUAUCUUCACUUCAUACUUAUAGAGUAAAGACUCGAUAACAACUCAAGGGCAUAUAACAUUCCAUCUAAAAGUCCAAAAGAAAGUACUGCCACAUUUCUCCUGAAAGAAAGAAUUAAUUAAUUUCCUUAGUCCUCGAUAAAAAGCUGAGAAUCAAAGAUGCUGCUAUAAUUUGUAAUUUAAAUUACUCGACUGCAAAAACUAUACUCUAUACUUUGAGACAUCGACCACCUAAAUCGGCUGGAUUCAAAUAAUUAUCGGAUAACAGCAAAGUCAAAUUAACAGUGAGAACUCUAAUAAAGGGGAAGCUCAUGCAUGAAUAUGAUUAUUAUACAUAUUUGAAUUAAAGCUGA